AGAUGAAUCUACUAAAGACAAAAAUAAGAAAAUGGAGUUUAAAGUGGAGGCUCACCGGAUUAUGAGUAUCUCGUUGGGGAAAAUCUACAAUUCGAGAGUCCAGAGAGGGGGGAUCAAGCUCCACAAGAACCUUCUCGUCUCCCUCGUUCUCCGGAGCGCCCGGCAGGUGUACCUCAAUGAUUACUACCAGAGUGUGUGCCUCAACGCGCAGCAGCACUGGGGCCAGCAUGAGGAAGUCAUGGACUCUAACCAGGCAAAGAGCACCUCUGAACGCGUGGGGUACACGGCCACAACCCCUGCUGAUCCUGCAGCAACUACCGCCAGCGAACCCGGGCUACCUGCGGAGAACACGCCGCCGGAGAUGACCAUCGAUGUUGAAAGUUUCACGGAAAGCCACGCCGCAGCACAGACAGUCCUCCAUCGACUUCGUCUGAUGUGUAUCUCGUUUCUUCUGUUCCCGAGACCGAGCCUGACGUCCUCUGUCGUCAGGAGCUUGGCUUUCCGCUGCGCCGAAGGGCCGGAGAUCAGGCGACGAUAA